AUGCCUGUGAACAGGUUUUUCAGGCUGCGCAGUGCACUGCAUAUAACGGAUCAAAAUGCUGACCGAGACAAGUCGAGUCCAGAUAAAUUCUGGAAGGUGCGACCACUUUUGGAGGCAGUCAGGAACAGGUGUCUCCAACUGGAGGUGCUCGAGCACCAGAGCAUUGAUGAGCAAAUGGUGCCAUUUCAAGGAAGAGUUGCUGCGAAACAAGUGAUCAAGAGCAAGCCAAACCCUGUGGGAGUGAAGGUCUUUGUGAGGUGCAGCAGUGAUGGCCUUGCACAUGAUUUCGAGGUGUACCAAGGGAAGGGCACUGGCAUCGAUCCUAAACAUUCCCAUCUUGGACUUGGAGGGUCAGUUGUGAUGAGAUUGGUGCAACACCUUCCUUUGAAUGCCAACUUCAAAUGCUUCUUCGACAAUUACUUCACAUCCGUUCUUCUCCUUCGUGAACUCAAACAAAUCGGCAUCCUGGCCACAGGAACCAUACGGUCAAACAGACUGCAAGGUUGCAAGCUCAUGGGCGAAAAAGAGAUGAAGAUUAUGGAACGAGGUACGUCACAGAGCAAGGUUACCGAAGAAGGGGACGUGGUUCUGGUGAGGUGGAAAGAUAACAGCCUUGUCACUGUUGCUUCCACGCAAGUGGGAGUUGGCAGUCCAGGGGUUGCAAAGAAAUGGAGUUCAUCAACAAAGGAGCACGUGGACCUUGAAUGUCCGCAGGCUAUCCUGGAGUACAACCGUCACAUGGGUGGUGUGGACAAACUCGAUUUUGUUAUGUCGUUGUACCCUAUCAGGGCAAAGACUGUGAAAUGGCCGGUAAGAAUGAUGUCACAUUUUGUGUCAUUUGGACUAGCCAAUUCGUGGCUUGAGUAUCUGAGAGAUGCCAGCUCAGAAGGCCUUCCCAGGAAAAGCAUGAAAGACAUGAUGCAGUUCCAAACAGACGUUGCUCUCAGCCUCAUCAUGUGCAACAAAGGAACGGAAAAGAAGAGAGGCAGACCAAGCCUAGAAAACGCAGCACAGAAGGCACCACGAACUGCACAUAAUGCUGAUCCUAUGCCCCCAAACGCUGUUCGCUAUGACGGCAGAGAGCAUUGGCCGCAGCAUGUUUCUGCAUCUUUUCCUCAACGCUGCCGAAGAGAGCAGUGCAACUCGAAAUCCCGUGUGCGUUGCAGGAAAUGCCGUGUCUUCUUGUGCUUGACAGCUACAAAUGACUGCUUUUUCAAUUUCCACGUUAAAUAG